UUCACUCGACAGAAACAAACAAGGAGAAAAUGUUCGGGGUUGUUUUCCCCAACCGUAGCUUCCCAAUGGACAUCACCUCCUUCUCCCAGAUCGACACUUUCCAUUGGGUCCUCGACAUGAACACCUUCGUAGGUGAGGCGUACGAUCAGGUUCGUGAAAUGUGCAUAUUCCUAUUAAACGGCUUCCAGCUGCCGCCGGACAAAGCCCUUGCCGUUUACAUCCAGUCUCCCGGCUCCGCCUUCUUCUUCUGCGGCGCCGUCACCGUCGCUCGCCCCUCGGCGGUGCUCGCCCUCCCAUGGCCGGAGCCCGGCGACCAGCUCCAGCUCACCGCCGACGCGGCACAGCUCUCCGCCAAGAUCGGGGUCUCCGUCGAGGACCUGGCCACGCUGCCGUCGCUGGACGUCACCGCCGAGAAACGAAUUGAGCGUCUGGCGAUGAAGGUUGGGGAGAAUCUGUUCAAUUUUAUGCAGUCGUUUUGUGGCGUCGAUGGCUCCAAGCUGGUGGUGCCCAUGGAUAUAUUGGAUCGGUGGUUCAAGAAGUUCCAGGAGAGGGCAAAGCGAGACCCCGAGUACUUGAAGGGCUUCGUUUUGUAAUUAGGGCAUGCAGGCAGAGUUGAAUCAUGGAUACAAUGGAUAGGAGUCUUACCUAAGAACCCAAUGUAGCUUAAACUAUGGUAAAAGGUUGUUUGAGUGGUCAUUUGGAUUAGGGGUGCCUCUACUGUGGUAACUCUUUUAUUCACCAAAUUUGGCCAUCUGUGUAUGAAUUGUUAAGUCUUCUAUUUCAUCUUGUAAUGGAAUUACUUGGCACCAGUUUUAUUAAAUCUGGACUUUAACAUUGUGAAUUUGUACUUCUGAUGUUGUUGAAUGACAUGAAUCUUGUUACGGUGAUUCAUACC